AUGAAUAAUGCUGAGUGUACGCCCAGGUCAAACAAUCGGGGUCGCCGGGCCAAUGCCGCUUUCCAAUCUCGGACUCGGGGGCGUGGUCGCGGUCGCGGUCGUGGUACGCCGGUCCCUGAAGCGCACGAAAUCGGUAACUCAGUCGGUCAUCGACAAGCUUAUCCAAAUGCUGUGAAAGGGGAAACAAAGCUAGAUUUCGUCCCGUCUAUCAGCAGAAGCGGCGGUGACAGCGGACAAGGUGAUACAUUAAAAGACAAAGCUGUUCAACAAAAAUAUUGGGCAAUGAUACAAGAAAAGCUCGCUGCACAUUGGGAUGAAUUUCCUUCCCGAUCUGAUAGGACUCAGUUACAGAUAGAGAAGGAAAGUAACAUUCUCCUGCUUCUUCGAAAACUCAGAGAGGGUGUUCUGGCUUCUCAGAGAACUGACGAGUUCGCGCUGGAAGUGUACGAAUUGUCAUUCUAUCUGGCAAUCAUCUUCGAGUCCGUAGUGCAAGCUUCCUCUUCCUUAUCACAUCUUCCGGAACUUUAUUGUGCCCUGCGACCCGAGUCAGCCUCAGCGAGUCAGGUUUCGUCAAUUUCUAACGGAGCCGAGGCCCUUGCAGUUGUAUCCCUAAUAUUUCACUUAUGUGAGGCAUAUCCUUCGCAGUUGACGUAUUACCGUCAGGAAAGGCUAUUGGCACGUUUCUUACUUCAAAAGGGUUCUAAUAGUGACGCUUUGAAAUGGACCCUUUCCGUCAGGGCUUCCAUCAAUUGCAAAAACUUUACGAAAUUCGAGCAUCUUACUCGCCAAUCACGGCUCAAUUCACUCAUAGAGAAUAUUGCAUACCUAUCUGGGCAAGAAGCUAGAGAAAAGCGACAUCUAGUCCAGACAGCGCUCUGUUCUGUGGUUGAAAGACUACGAAGGAAACUACGUGCUGCUGUAUGGACCAUCUUACGUUCUGCAUACCGGGAGUUUACAAUUGGCACGGAAACCGAUACCUCUACAUGGUUAUUGCGAUCAUUAUGCCUUGAAUCCGUUGGGGAUGGACGAAAUGAAAAUAUAGAAGAAUGGAUGGAACGAAAUUCAAAAGACGGACUCGUGGUCAAGAAAGAAGGAUUUCGAGGGCGAUGGAUGCUGAAGCGAUAG